GGCACGCAAGGAGGUGUGAAAAGACACGCAAGGGGGUCUUGCGUCUGCGUCACUCUGAAAACGCAGAAGCAUAAACUAGGCUUUAGUCUGCGUUCCUGUGCGGAGUGGAUUAAUUAGCCAUAGAUAUCAGGCAAUUUCUGAAGAGACCACCGAGUUCUUUUGGUUCGCACAACAUUGCAUUAAGACCGGGACCAACGCUAUUAAUAACUUGCAUCUGUAAUUCUUUCAGCGACUGAAGGUGCAUUAGCACUUAUCCGCACGCAUUCGGGAUUUGCGUCAAUUGCUUUGCGUCACGGUGAGGUCUUUCUGAUCACAAGAUUCUUUGUUUACUUGCCUCUAAUUUUACCACUACAGCCCGGGUCAGGAUGAAGUGACCAGAGUAGUGUAAGGCAAGUAUUUCAAUCUGCUCAGACACCAAGAGGAAGCCUCAUAAAGGCACCCGAAUCUUAAGUAGACUUUUUUUGUCUAGUGAAACACAUUUAACGUCAUUCAGGCCUACAUGUUGUUCAAAGUGUUUGUGUUUUACUGGCAUUACGCAAAGUUCUCUGCAGUACUUUAUGUGUUCAUUUCGUUCCAGGAAAUGGUAAGUGUGCUUUAGAAUUUGUAUAAAUGACCAUGAUGCAUACAGCCUGCAGGGAAUAUUUAAAAAAUAAAUUGUAAAAUUGUUCUUUUGUGCUUUGAAUGUUUUACCAGGAGGCCUAAAUGUUUCAAUAGUAAACAUGCACAGUAGGCUAACAAGUGUUUCUUUGGAAGCAGGCAGAUAUUUAUUAUUUCUAUAUGGCCCAGAGCUUUGGUCUUUGUCGGUAGUGUCCUUACAGGUUUAAUCAAUAUUUUCUGUCUUGCAUAAUGUUGCUUUGCUUUCCCUGUCCUCAAAGAAAAGCACUGUGGGACUACAAGAAAUACAACUUGAGCCUCGCUGUGCACACUGACAGACAUUUGCACCUCGCUCCUACCCUUCGUUUGGAGCCCAGUGCAACAUUCCCCCUGGCCAACAACACCAGAGGGAACCAUUUCCUAUUUGGACCCGUGGCUGGUGCUGCCGCAGUGACAGCUUUCCGAUUGGCUCAGAUUGAGACUUGUGUGCAGAUUGCUCUUCAGCAGCUUGCUACACUAGCGACCAUCACCAUUGGCAACCACUGUCACAACGACAACGGAUUUGCGUUGGCACUGCCGCCUCACCUGGCCCUCCUGAGUCUCCUCAAUAGACCGCAGGUUUCAUCAGUUGGGUUUAACGUGAGCACAAACAGAAAAACGUACAGAAACAAAAGUCUUUCUGCUGCCAUGUACCACCAGCACUCCCAACAACAAGGGCCACCGCCUUUCUCUAGUGGGCCGAGACCUCCUCAUCAUCAGCAGCCCCCAAAUCCGCAUCAGAAUCGUCCUCCCUCGAAUAUGCUGUCGCCGGUGAUGGGUUUCCAGUUCCCUCGUCCUACACAGCUUCCCGAUGAGCUGGAGUCUGCCCUGGCUAUCCGGGGUGCUAGAGAUGUGGAUCACCGCCACAUUGACCACAUGAACCAACCGAACCAACACCAGAACCAAGGCUCUGCUUCUGGGAUCAGUCAACAUGGAAGUUACGGCUCUAACCCAAUGACACUCUCCUCCGAUAAUCAGUCCGGUCAACAGCAAGGAGUAGACUGGUCCAGCUACCAACCUCCAACUAAACUAUUUGCAAGUCCUCCGCCGAGUGCUGGCCAUCAGUCCCAAAGACAACAGGGGCCUCAACAGCAGCCACAGAGCAGCCAUGCUGGAACAAGCAUCCCAAGCUGGGCAGCCACAGUAAGUGACUCGCCAUCCCCGCAAGCACGGCACCCCAAUGCUGGCGGAAGUGGUGGCAGUGGGGAUGGUCCGGCUUUGUACACACCAGAGAGUGCAGGAAGCAUCCUGGCUAGCUUUGGACUCUCAAAUGAGGACUUAGAAGUGCUGAGUCACUACCCUGAUGAUCAGCUGACCCCAGAUACUUUACCGUUCAUACUUCGUGACAUCCAAAUCAACAAGACGGGCAACCAGAAGACUGUGGCCUCUACGUCGUCAUCGUCCUUCCCACGCAGUGUUCGUGAUAUGCCGCUGCCUCCUUCCCGCUCUUCACCAUUGAAACGUUCACGCUCACCAGAAGUGCCCAGCCUUCUUACUGUUACACAGACAGCCGGCAAAGUCAUUGACUAUGGUCAUGCCAGUAGGGCGAAGGCAGAGACUGGUACCAGAGAAACAUUCAAGAGAGAGCGGCUCUCCAAUGACAGGACAGUUAAAAUGUACCCGUCCUCGUCAUUCUCGUCAUCAGCUCCAAAGUUGGAGAAAACAGAAAGGCGGCAGGUUCGUCUGGAACACAAUGAGUCAAGUAAGCACGGAGACCGGGACUAUCGCAGGACGGGUAGCGACCAUCGCAAGAGCAGUCGGUCACCUGGGAGAGAAUUUGCACGGUCAUCCAAAUCUCGUAAUCUGGACCGGGACUACAGGCGCGACGCACCCAAACCUAGGCCGCCAUCUGAAGCCAAAAGCGAAGCAUCCUCGAGGCGGUCUCUGUCCUCUUCGUCUGGCUCAAGACCACGCGUCAGCAGCAAAAAGUUACCGACCCCCACCAUGAUAAGUGAUUUCUCAGCUGUGUCGCCAAAGGUGUAUCCCCAUACCUGCUCCCUGUGCCACUCACAGUGUGAUCAGGAAAAGGACUGGGUUGACCAUGUUAACACCGUCAACCACACUGCUGCCUGCAGAGACCUGCGCAACAAGUACCCUGGCUGGAAACCGUAUCUACCAAGUCGGAGCGGCCGAUAUGGCAGCCGGGCUCUGUGGGACCCCAUGGCCCACUCUCCAUCCCACUCGGUGUCUCGAUCGCUCUCUGGCUCUCGCACCCCAAGUCCUCCUCCCAGCAAGCACCGAGUGGGCCCCCGUCCCCACAGGGCGAACAAGGGCCCUUUCUCUCCUCACAAUCAGGCCCGGCUGCAAUACUACAAAGAGCAUCCUCCUCAAAGGGGCGUGAAGCGUCCUCAUGAGGAUUUCAACAAGUUCUCGCCCGGAGCCGGCCAACAUCCCCCCUCCUCUAAGGCGGGUUAUAGCUCCAAACACGGACCACUACAGACCCCCGCCAAAACGGGCAAGAGUGGGACGAAGCCCGGAACCAAGCCGACCAAGACGUCUGCCAAAGUCCCACCCGCCAAGCGGAAGAAGAAAACGGUCCCUCCCGCCUCCCAGGACCCGUUUGAUGCAAACCGCCUGGUGUAUCUGACAGGCAUCCCGAAGGACGCGUCCGAGCAGGAUGUCACCGACUUGGUGGGGUCCUUCGGCAAGAUCAACAAUGUGAUCCUCAUGGCGUGCUCGGAGGAGGAGAGACACAACGGGGAAGGACAAAAGGCGUCUGUUUGCAUGGUGAAGGCUGAUUGCGCCCUGACGUUGGCCAACUCCACAAAUCUCUCCAUCAGAGGCCAACAAAUCAGUGCUUCAAUCGCAAAGAAAACUAAAGCAGGCCCGUCUUUAGACACGACCAACAGCAAACCGGCUCCAGUGCAGGACAACGCAGACCCCGAGGGAGAAUCUGGUAUCAAGACGAGGAACUGUGAGUCUGCAACACCUGCCGACAAAAUAGUAGGCGAGGCUGACCAGAAGACGUCUGAUGAGAGCAUGGUGUUGAUCACAGGACUUCCGGAGAGCGGCUGGACGGAGAGCGACAUCCUCCAGCUGGUCCAGACCUUCGGAACUCCCUCCGACGUCAUCACUGCAACACAAAUCGGAAAGGUCCUUGUGUCAGUGCCAGACAUGGAGGUUGCUCAAGAGAUGGUGAAAGUCCACACCUCCAAGCCGGCAAGGAUUCAAGACCGUGAGCUGAAGAUGACGCAUCUCCGGCCGCGCGUUGGCCUCAACACGCCGGUGGCUCUCUACAACCUGCUGAUGGGAUCACUGGACCCGUUGGAGAGUUCUGUUGCUGUCGGCUGGAGCAGCCUGUUGGUGAUCAGUAAUGUUCCCAGCACGCCGUCCGGCCCUGCCGAGGUCCAGAAACUGGUGCGACGCUUUGGUACUGUCAUCAAGACCCUGGAGCUCAACAAUAUGGUCAUUUGUGAGAUGGCGACUGCAGCUAUGGCCUUGUCCGUGUACAAGCGCUUCCAGAAGUUCCCGUGCAUCAUCCACAACAACCCGCUGUUCUUCUCCCGCAAGCCUGACCCCAAAGUCAACACUCAGACCAAAGUCGUCCCGGCAUCCCUGGACUCAGCUGAGGACAUCACUGCGACUGGCACAGGCAGCCAAGCAGCAGACAAAGACAAAGACACAACGCACACAGAGAGUUCUGAUUCUCCAUUAGAGGGGAUCAAAAAAGAAGGCGAUAGUAAGGAUGCCAAGCUGCAAAGCACCGACGAGACGGUUGGUGAAGACGAAGCCUUGAAAGAAAACAGGAGCCAAGAUGAGGACAUGAAAAAAGACCCGCUCACUGUUGCUGCUUCUGACUCUUUGGCUGCACCACAAACCGAAGCAGAUCUGGAGACACACCUGAGGGAAAGAUCAGAUGUUGAAACGGUUCUGGAGACAGUCGAGGAGAACAAAGGUGUCGAUAACGAGACUCAUGCUGAUGAAGAGACAAAGACAAAGACUUCUAGUUCUGACGGCGAAGCAGCUUUCCAGGAGGCGGCCAUGCCAGAGCACCCAGAGGUUACACAGGAGAUGGUGAACGCACUGCUUGUGGAGUGCAGAACAAGAACCGUGGGCCCAGCAGCUCCCUCCAACGGGGGACACGGGGAGACGCACAUGGAGACAGAGCGGAGUAACAAAGCAGCCGAGGAGACCAAAGAGCAAGCCAAGAGCCACACAGAGGACCACUUGAAGAAGAAGGACCGGGAGCUAAAAGAGAAGGCGGCACGAAAGGAGAAGGAGGCCAGGGACAAGCAGAGGAGGGAAAAGGAGAGGAGGGACUGGGAGAAGAAGGAGAGGACCAGGCGAGAGAGGGAGCAGAAUGAAAAGGCCAGACGGGACAGAGAGGAGGAGAGGAGAGAAAGAGAGUGGCGGGAGAGGAAGAGAGCCUACAGUGAAGGUCUGUCAGGGUCACGGCCGUCCUCCUGGUCCGAGGGACACAAGCAGAGCUCCUGGAGUGAUGGACAGUGCAACAACACUGAAGCAGAGACCGAAAUGGUGGACGAGGAGUUUGAUGACUUCCCAUUCAACUUAAGCGACUUUGUGACAGUAGAUGAAGUUGGAGAUGUGAACGACCUUCCUUCCUCUACUUCCCCCUCGGUUCCCAUGGAAACCGCCGAGGGAGGGGAGGAUGCUCCUACGUCCGUCCAACAGGAAUCUCCAGGGGUCAUGCCCACGGCGGUUUCCACGGAAACAUGCGUGUCAGAUGUCCCAGCACCCCUGGUGACGGGUGAUGAACCUGUGACUGUGUCGACAGCUGUGACGUCAGAUGUUUUUCAGUCAUCAGAUUUAAUUGCUGCAGCUUCCACGGACGCAGCACUGGGGGACGCUUCGCGAGAGGACGCUUCACAGGGGAACGCUUCGCAGGGGGACACUUCACAGGGGGACGCUUCACAGGGGGACGCUUCACGAGGUGACGCUUCGCAGGCGGACGCUUCGCAGGCGGACGCUUCGCAGGCGGACGCUUCGCAGGCGGACGCUUCACAGGGGGACGCUUCACAGGGGGACGCUUCACAGGGGGACGCUUCACAGGCGGACACUUCGCAGGCGGGCGCUUCGCAGGCGGACGCUUCGCAGGCGGGCGCUUCGCAGGCGGACGCUUCGCAGGCGGACGCUUCGCAGGCGGGCGCUUCGCAGGCGGACGCUUCGCAGGCGGACGCUUCGCAGGCGGGCGCUUCGCAGGCGGGCGCUUCGCAGGCGGGCGCUCCAACCAGCCGAACGCCUGCGCCAACAUGUCCACCAAAAGCACCGGAGACCACACCUCUGAUAGAAGCGGCACUGACCGCCAUUCUGGACUCCACCACUGAAGUUGAACCUGCAGCUCCUGCUGGAGCCUCAAACAGCCCAGCAGGAGUGGUGACUUCCCAGAGGGAGAGCGGGGAGAACGGACUUCAGCACAAUCAGGCUACAACGGAGGACAUGGCGUUUGACAAAACCGAGGAAGGGGAGAAUAAGCGGGACGUAAAGACGGAAGCUCCAUCCGUGGACAUUGGAAAGCAUGAGCGGUCAGAAGAUCCAGAUACCAACACAGAGGAGGCUGUGCAGAGGUUACUGACAGCCCACUCCCUCCCUCCUUUUAACCCCAGCAGCCCAGUUGGUUUGGAGUAUCUGGUCCCAAAGACGGGUUUCUUCUGUAAAGUAUGUAAUCGGUUCUUCACUGGAGCCAAAGAGGCAGAGAGAAACCACUGCAAGACCCUCAAACACUACGAGAACCUACAGAAAUACUUGAAGACCCUGGAGCUUGCAGAUGUGUCUGUCAAUCCGGACACCGCCUGAAGAUCCUGACUGAAUUCACCAUUCCCCUCCUGUUGUGUUGUCUCAUCAUUUCUAACAAAGGGUCCAAAUGCUGACAUUAAUGUAGAUUAGUCUCAUAUAUUUGAAUAUCUGGUACUGACAUAAAAUGAGUAUAAACUGCGAGAGGGCCGUCUGUACGGACUGUGUCAAUAAACCCUUUGACUAAA